AUGGUUGCAGAGCCGACGCUGGCAGAGGUUGACAACAUAGUGGGCAGCCUGCGCAAUGCGGCCGCCCCUGGGGCAGAUGGCAUUAAUGCGCCGAUGCUCAAGGCGUCGCCAGCCCUGGUCAGCUACCUUCACUGCGUGGUUUGCCCAGUCUGGCGGGUGUGCAAGGCCCCUGUGGAUUGGAAGCGCGCGCUUCUGGCAGCCCUGUACAAGGACAAAGGAGAUAAGCGCGUGUGCGAUUACCUGUGUGGGAUCACCCUUCUCUCCAUUCCUGGCAAGGCCUGUGAGGCUCUGCUGUUGCCGGCGACGGGUCUCACAGCACCUUGA